CUGUGCGAGCUUAUGAAUGAAGAAUGUAGCUAUCUUACUAGCAUGAUGGCAAAAAGUACUCCUGCAAAUAUUCCAAAUUUUGAUUGUCCCUCAUGGCAGAGCAAACCUCCACCAGGACUACAUUUGGAUGUAGUAAAAGGAGACAAGCUGAUUGAGAAACUGAUUAUAGAUGAAAAGAAGUAUUAUUUGUUUGGGAGGAACCCAGACAUCUGUGACUUCACCAUCGAUCACCAGUCCUGCUCGCGAGUGCAUGCGGCCCUCGUCUACCACAAACACUUAAAGAGGGUGUUUCUUAUUGACCUCAACAGCACGCAUGGCACAUUCCUUGGACACAUUCGCCUAGAGCCCCACAAGCCUCAGCAGGUUCCAAUUGACUCCACCAUGUCUUUUGGGGCCUCCACACGUGCCUACACCAUUCGUGAGAAACCUCAGGGCCAGGCUAAUGUGGGCACAGGGGACAAAGCUGGGGAGGAUGAGGAGCUCAAAGGCCUUCUGGGUCUGCCUGAGGAGGAGACUGAGCUAGAGAAUCUCACUGAGUUCAACACUGCACACAACAAGCGCAUCUCCAUUCUGACCAUAGAAGAGGGCAAUCUGGAUAUCCAAAGGCCAAAGAGAAAAAGGAAAAGCUCUAGAGUGAGCUUCAAUGAAGAAGAGGUGAUUAUCACCCCAGAGGAUGUUGACCCCUCUGUUGGACGCUUCAGGAACAUGGUACAGACUGUUGCUGUUGUACCUAUGAAGAAGAAGAAAAUGGAGGGUGGUAACAUUUUGGGAAUAGAUGACACUGUCACGCGCCAUGUGCAUAGUUUCCCUUUGAGAGGUGGGCUGUAUGGAGACCUCCCACCCAGUAGCCAUGACGCUCGUGCCGCAGGUGCCCCAGGUGGAACCACUAUCCUGGGAGGACUGCCACUACCCAACCCUGCCCCAGAGGUGGACUUAGCCCCAGAGCCUCCUCAGCCUCCUGUUACCCUAAACCCUACCCCUGUAUUAGGUCCCUUUGCACCCGAGGGCCUCAGUGAGCCUCGCAAGAAGAAAUAUGCCAAAGAGGCAUGGCCUGGCAAAAAGCCCACACCGUCUUUACUUCUCUAGCGGCCACUGAAUCUGGACAGUGACUGAAUCUUUUGAGUCAUGAAAUGAUUGUGUGGUGGUUUUUUUUUUUUGUUGUUGUUUUUUUUUUUUUUUCUUUCUGUCAAUCUGUGGCUUAAAACAUGUUCCUUCAAGAAUUACCAUAAGGCUCUGGGUAAAAUGUUAUGCUUAAAUAUUCACAUUUUAUUUGCCUAAUUUGGUUUAAGAUGGAUGCACCCAAGCAAAAGAUCAUAUUAAGGGUUUGCUAAACAUGCAGCUAAACAAAAAAGCUGAUAUAGCAGAGUGUGAUCUGAAAUUAUUCAACUUUUAAUGAGCAUGACCUCAGCCACUAGAUGGCAGCAAGACCAUAAGAGACAGCACAUUAUAAUUCUUAAUAACUUUAGUUACCUCCCCUGUAGAACAUGGUAAAAUGUUUUUAUAUGAACUUUGAUGAAAUACCCUUCAUUGUAUCCAGAUUUGUUCUUUUGAUAUAGCCUUUUCUUUUGUAUCACAAAAUGCACUGACAAUAAACCUCAAAAUUAAUUUUUA